AGAACGCGUUUCCGUGUUCGCGUUUUUAACGGCUUUGUUUUUUUUGUUAUUGUCCAGUUAAAUAUUUACGUAUACAAUUUCAAUAUCGGUCUCGUUUUAGUGGGUCAGUUGGUGUGAAUAGUGUGAGUGUAAUUAACAUAACACACUUACAAUUGGAGAACAUAUUGUCUAUGCUCCGUUAUUGCUGCUUGCAUGCGCUUUUAAAUGCGUUGUUUUGUGUGUGUGUAUGUGUGUGCGAAAAUUGCAAUGUGUAUCGAAUUUUCUUGAUUUCCAAACAAUAUCAUUACAAAUAGUAAAAGUCAACUGCACUUGUAAUUAUAUGGAUUAACGGAUAUAUACAAGACACAAAGCCAUCUGAACAUGACGCAGAGUAGCGGCAUAGAAUUUGGCAAAUCGUCAGUUCCAGUCUCCUCCUCCGGCGCCUCCGCCUCGAGCUCCUCGGAUGUGCUGCUAAACAACUUUCAGCUGAAGAAGAAGAGCUACCGGGUGCUGCUUCAUGGGCAACGUUUGGUCUGGGAACGCAUGCAGCGUUCAACAAAAACAAACUCCCAAAACUCAAAUGUGACUGUUAAGACGCCGCUGCCUGAGGCUCCAUCAUCGGUGGAGCAGCAACUUGGUGAUGACUCUCACAACUAUGGAGAACAUAGUCAUAUUCUGCACAUGGAUGACAUCAUUAGCGUCCGUCGAGGUGACACUAAACAGCAGAGUCUUCAGCCGCAGCAGUUGUUGGAACAGUUGCCGGAGGACUUGAAGCCCACAGCACAAUUUCUGACCAUUAAUUAUGCGGAACGCUUGACUAAAUCCAAGUCGGAUUGCAAUCGUUGGCAACUGCGCCGCAUCACAUUCUACAAUUCCGAUCCGUAUAUUGUGCGUCAAUGGGAACUGCAGCUGCGGAUUCGCCUGGAUUCCUCGCCAGCUGGCGGUCAGCGAGUGCGCCGACUCUUAGUCUUUAUCAAUCCAUAUGGCGGCCGCAAAGCCGGCGCACAGACCUAUGAGCGUCACGUGCGUCCACUUUUCCAGCUGGCGGGGAUCGAUGCCACCUGCAUAACGACACAGCGUGCGAAUCAAAUCCGUGACAUUCUACUGACCCACGAUCUGAGCUGUUAUGAUGCCGUGUGCUGUGUGGGCGGCGAUGGCACCGUUGCCGAGGUCAUCAAUGGUCUUGUGUUCCGUCGCAUGCGGGAACUGGGACUGGAUAUGCAGCGGCCGGCUUAUGUACCACGCCCAAGUCUCCCAGUGGCUGUGAUUCCGGCCGGAAGCACUGACACCAUUGUCUAUAGCAUGCACGGCACAGCAGAUGUCCGGACGGCGGCCAUCCAUGUGCUGCUCGGCCAGCGACGUGGCCUCGAUGUCUGCAGCGUGAGUAACAGUCGCUCCCUGCUCCGAUUCUGUGCCAGCGUACUCAGCUAUGGCUAUCUUGGAGAUGUUGCCGCCGAGAGUGAACAGUAUCGUUGGAUGGGCACCAAGCGAUAUGAAUACAGUGGGGUCAAGGCAUUCAUCAGCAAUCGGGGCUAUGAUGCGGAACUGCAUCUGCUCGAGGAACCGUUGGAGCCAGAGACGCCACAGAGUCCCGUUAGCGUGUGCAGUGAUCCGCCCUCUGUGUGCUAUGCGAAUUGUCAGCGUUGCAGCAUUGCCAGCUCGUUGCAGGAGCAACGUUCCACGCUCUUUCCCACUGCAGUUCAAGAUGAAGAGGGGGAGAAGCAGGAGCAGGAUAAUGCGAAGAAGGAGCACACACAUGUCAAAUUGCAACCAAGUGUUGCAUUUAAUCGUGAGUUGCAACUCAGUGCCAGCGAGACGGCCUUGUUGCGUCCUCGUCCCAGCACUCUUCCCCUGCAGCCGGGCGCUGCCUCUUACGGCUCGGAUUUGAGUCUGCGCAGCGGCGAACAAUGGAAGAUCAUACGUGGCAAUUUCUUUAUGAUUUGUGGCGCCAACAUCACCUGCGCCUGUUCCCGCAGUCCCAACGGCAUCUCUCGAUAUAGUCAUCUUGGCGAUGGUUGCCUCGAUUUGAUUCUGGUGCGCAAAACUUCGCUGCUCAACAAUCUGAGGUUUCUAUUGAGUACCGCGGGAAAAGGUAGCGAUAUUCGUAAUCUGCCGUUUGUAGAGGUUUAUCGCACACGAAAGUUCAACUUUCGCACAUUGACAGCUUCCCAGGAGAACUACAGCAUUGCGGGAUCUUGUCAGCCCAUAGCUCAAAACGACAGCGAUGGCAUUAGCUCGGAAUACUCCAGCUGGAAUUGUGAUGGAGAGGUUGUCACCGAUUUGGACGUAACCAUGAGCUCUCAUUGUCAGCUCAUUGAUGUUUUUAUGCGUGGUCCACAUUCCUAUAGCAAGCCGCAAAAAGUGGGCGUUAGCACGCCCACAACUCCAGCCAGCUCAAGCGAUAAUGUAUAUUGUUGCUGCAAGGAUUAAGAGAUUGCAGUAACUUGGAUAGCUUUAAUUUAGUGAGACACUAAGAAAUUGGCCGUGACAGUAGCUUGUAAAAUUUGUUAUAUAUUUGUGUACGUUAAAUGGAUUAAUUUUUUGUAAGUAGUUAGACCAACUGGAAAACCCUUAUUUGAUAUUCAUACUGUAUUAUGCGAUCUAUAAGAUCCAAAGAAAUUACAUACAUUCCCCUGAAUGGUGUGCAUUAAAAUUAUACAUACAUAUAUUUGUAUAUUCUAUUUGAAUCACACUACCUCUAAUAAUAAAUAAUGUGAGCAACUGUGUUUUCAAUCAAAA